CCGACAGGCGGCGCGAACGCGCGAACUCAGAGGAAAUGCCGAUCUAUCUUAAUAGGCGCCGGUGGCGAACCGAGGGACAGUGUGCAGAGUGUGAUCAUUUACAAGUGUUUCAUGAUGGAGAGAGGAACGAAACGCCCAAGACGAGACGAAGACUGUGAGAAUCACGUCUCUGACUUCAGGCGCUGGGACGUCGAGGAAACCGUUGUCUAUCUGCGUAGAGCCGGGUUUGGAAAAUGGGAGCAGAAAUUCAGAGAGCAUGGCAUGACCGGGCCAGGGCUACUGUACCUCACCGAAGCGCAUUUGGAGAAGAUGGGUGUGUCUCCUCUGGGAUCACGUCUGGAAAUCCUCCACUGCCUUCAGAAACUCUGGCAGAUCUCGAACGAGCCCAUGAAGGUGUUCAACGACCCCAUCCACGGCCACAUCGAGCUGCACCCUCUGCUGGUGCAGUUCAUUGACACGCCUCAGUUUCAGAGGCUUCGCCACAUCAAGCAGCUGGGAGCGACUUACCUGGUCUUCCCCGGGGCUUCGCACAACCGCUUCGAGCACUCUGUCGGGGUGGGAUAUCUGGCCGGAUGUCUAGUGCGGGCUCUCAGUGAAAGACAGCCAGAGCUCCUCAUAACAAAACAAGAUGUCCUGUGUGUGCAGAUCGCUGGCCUGUGCCAUGACUUGGGUCACGGCCCGUUUUCUCAUAUGUUUGAUGGCAUGUUCAUCCCUAAAGUCAGACCUGGUGAGAAAUGGAAGCAUGAGGUGGCAUCGGUUCAGAUGUUUGACCACCUGGUGAAGGUCAACGGUCUGGAGGAGGUCAUGGUUCACCACGGGUUGACUCUUCCUGACGACCUUAUAUUUAUUAAGGAGCAGAUCGCCGGCCCCCUGGACAACUCCGUCUUGGACAGUUCGUGGCCGUAUAAGGGCAGGCCGUUGGAGAAAUCGUUCCUGUACGAGAUAGUAGCGAACAAAAGGAACGGCAUCGACGUGGAUAAGUGGGACUAUUUCGCAAGGGACUGCUACCACCUCGGCAUUCAGAACAACUUUGACUACCAGCGCUUCCUCAAGUUUGCGCGCGUGUGUGAAGUGAGAGGAAAGAAACAUAUCUGCACCAGAGACAAGGAAGUUGGCAAUCUCUAUGACAUGUUUCACACUCGUAACUGCCUCCAUCGGCGGGCGUAUCAACACAAAGUGGCCAACAUCAUCGAGACCAUGAUAGCGGAGGCUUUUGUAAAAGCUGAUCCUCAUAUUCGGAUCCAGGGCUCCUCGGGGAAGAUCUUCACCAUCUCUUCAGCUAUAGAAGACAUGGAGGCCUACACCAAACUCACAGAUCACAUAUUUGAGCAGAUUCUGUACUCGUCUGAGCCAGAGCUGUCUGAGGCGCGAGCCAUCCUCAACAACAUCGUCUGCAGGCGGCUGUAUAAGUGUGUGGGUCAGACCACGCCGGAGACGCAUGUGGACGCCUCGCAGGAGAAACUUCUAGACUGGGCGAAGGAAGUAGCCCGUUCAAAACCCAGCGGCACAGACGCCAACCUGAUAGCUGAGGACUUUGUAGUUAGUGUCAUUUACAUGGAUUAUGGAAUGAAGGAGAAAAACCCCAUCAACAAUGUCCACUUCUACUGCAAGAAAGAUCCCACCAAAGCCAUAAAGAUCCGCAAAAAGCAGGUGUCCAAACUCCUGCCGGAGCGCUUCGCCGAGCAGCUGAUCAGGGUUUACUGUAAGAAGACAGACGACAAGAGCCUAGAAGCUGCUAAGAAGUACUUUGUCCAGUGGUGCAUGGACAGGAACUUCACCAAACCCCAGGACGGAGAUGUAAUUGCUCCAGAGCUCACUCCACUCAAACGUGACUGGCACACGCUGGAGCGAGACGACGAGGACAGUGAGCCGGAUGACAACGGUGAAGGCGCUCGUCCCGGAACGAGAGACGAAACGCCUAGAAAGGCUGGACGUCAAGUGAAAGUCAACCUUUUUCAAGCUCAGGGAGGAAGCAGACUCUGAAUUACCAGCUGUCGGCUCUCAGGGAUCUCGAUCCGUUGUAAAGCUUUGCUCAGCCCUGUGCUUCUCUCAUUGAGAAUAUCUGGAGAGAUCACCAGAAGCUCAUUGUUUUUGCUCUUUAUUUAAACUGUGUUUGCCCGUUUGCUUUUAUUUUCAGCUUUAAUAUCACGUUU